AUGCAUGCCUAUGACGACGAUGACGACGCCGCGCUGUUUGCCGCCGCCCUGGACACCCUUGCUAAGCUGCGUCAUCCUCUGACGUCGUUGGCGGUGCUGAAUCUGUCCAGCCCCCUGCCGCCUCCGUCCGCGACAACAUUAGCCUACCUCACCUCGUGCGGUUUGGUAGAGCUGCAGCUGCAAGAUGUGUCUAUCCAGAGAGCCGCCAGCGACGGCGCCACAAACUUGUUGCGCUCAUUUCCACAAUCCCUAGAGCGCCAGCCCAUGGUCGGCUCCCUGGCCGACUCCAUCCGGACACGUGGCGCGGCCAUGGUGCAGUUCGCGCGCUCCCUGCCCUCCCUGCGGCGGCUGUCCCUGUGCAAUGCCGCAUUCUCAACAUCUGACGUGGCAGCCCUGUCGGCGCUGACGGGUCUUGAGGAGCUUUCGUUGGUCGGUGCAAUGGAAUGCAGCGCGACAUUGGCCCCUGCCUGCCCCGAGGCCGACCAAUCCCAGGCCAGCGCGCAGCGCACAAAGCAGCUGGAAGCGGCAGUUGCUGCCUCCGUCUACAAGCAACUCCUGGCCGCCCUGCCGCGUCUUCGCAGCCUUCAUUUGCCUAUGGCCAUAGCCGCACCGUCGGAUGUAUACGGCAAAAGUACGGCAACUAACGGCUGGGACAGCGAUGAAGAUGCGCAUGAUGAAAUGGACCAGGGCAGGAUGACGACAACCGCAACCAGCUGGGCGAUGAUGCUUGAUGGAGGCACCGGGUGCUGGCUAUCCCUGAGCGCCCUGAGGACAGUCUGCCCCAGCAGCAUCGCAGUCAAGGCAUCUCAAAAUGAAUAUCGUAAUGAAUCCUUGAGCGACGCCGGCAGCGCAGCCUACACAGAUGUCCCGAGCAGCAGCAACAGCAGCAGUGGCGGUGCUGACGGGGGCUUUUUUGCCUCUCCAGGCUUUGAACCGCUGCCGCUUCCGACUCCCGGUCCGUUCCACAUCAUUUCUGAUCCUCCAGAACGUCAAGGGUUGGAGUGGUCGCCGUCCGUCGUCAACUUUGCGCUGCGGCCGACUGCUGGGAGCUCGCAGUGCCUUACGACGCUCGUCGACAAGAACGACGCCGGGGGCGCUAGUGGAGGUGACCGCGACCUGGACUACCGCGAUUACCCCCGGGGGCGUGGGGUGUGCGGGGUGCUCUCAGGAGCAGUGUUACGCGUUCUGCAGCCGGACACCGCAGCGCAGCCGGAACCGCGGGAGCCUGUGCCAACGUCACCUUACCGAUCUCCACACCCAGGGUUGGCAAAUACGAUGACGGCAUCUACGGCGGCUGUGGUGGCGACGGCGGGACCGAACGCGGCCCCAGAUGGCCUCUCGGACUCCGAGAUGUCUAUGAAGAGCUGCUGGUCCUUUCCGCCGCACCUUGAGGAGUUGACCAUCCCGCUGUGUUCCCUAAACGGGCCUGUCUUCCGCGCGGCAUGUGAGGUGUACGGCGGCAUGGACGACACGUACGGAGACGAUAGUGGCGCGGCAAGGCUCCCCCACCGUCGCCUUCGCGCCUUGCACAUCACCUGCGCGCCUGGCUACUCAAAGUGGGAGGGGUCCUUCCUUAAUGCUGAAGGUGACUUUGCCGCUUUGGCUCGCUUGGCUCCCUCCCUGGAGUCUCUACACCUCUGUUUGGAGCUGGGGGCCUCGGGCCGAAAUGCACUGCGGAGGGACCGACUGAGGGGGUGCCUGCGCCACCUCAGGGCGCUGAACAAAAUGAAGAGUCCCUAG